GCAUUGCGAUGCGUGUCAUGUGACAGGCCUCGGUGAGAAAUGCCAACAUGGAACCGUGGCAAGGACGAUGUUCUUCCCAACAAUAACAUUGAAAGGGACGCCUGGAUUCAUCCUAUGUCGUGCAUCCACAACCCGGACACUUUAAUCAAUAUUCACACGAGUGUUUACAAACCGAGGCAAUACUUCCGCCUUCUUCUGACCUGCGCACCAACCAAUGGUCUCCAUAAGCGACAAAGCGGUGGCCACUGCUAAUGAAUCGUUUGCGGACCAUGCCUUGGCCACCCUGCCCUUCGCGGAGGUGUGCGGCAGUGAGAGCAGCGAGCGGGGCAGCUCCAUCUCCUGCUCCAGCCCCGAAACCGGAGAUGCUGGAGCUCGACUCUGCUUCAGCCCAGGGGAGGAAGAUGAAGACGAAGGCCCUUUGCAGAUCUUCCUAGACUCCGCAGAGGAGCUAUUAACCCAGAUACCCAAGCUGCCUGAUUUUAUACCCCAGCUGUCCAGCACCUUCUCCCCAACCCUGGAGGACAUCGAGGAGUUUUUGAUGGAGAAGAUGGAGUUGCAUGCUCCUCUGAGUCCGGAGGAGAAGUCAAAAGAGGAUGACGCUACUGUACCGCCGUCUUCCCCUGGCGAAUCUGAGGAGAAAUCCAGCAUGAUGGCAACGUCUCAGACGACUCAAAGUGUUAACGCUACAGCUAGUGCCACAUCGGUGCUCGUUGGUGCUCCAUUUGUACUUCAGUUGCAACCUCUCCAGCUAAGCCACGCCCUCCCUCAGCCAGACAACCAAUCGGGUGUGGCCGGUGGGCUCCGCGUGGCCCACCUGGUGCUCGGUGUCCAGGGGACACAGAACAUUACGCUUCUUUCACCGCAGGUGCCGUCUGCAACUCUUCUGCCCAUCAUGGGCGAAGCUGUCAACCAAGACCAAAAGUAUGUGAAGAUCGCUCCGCUGCCUAUUGCCGUCAGGGCGGUCGGAAUCGCGGGCGCAGGCCUGGUCAAAGCCAUCACUCCACGUCCAUCCAGGUCCACAACGGAAACCUUGCGGGUACAUAAAUGCUCUCACCCAGGGUGUGAGAAGAUGUACACUAAAAGCAGCCAUCUGAAGGCCCACUUCCGCAGACACACAGGAGAGAAACCCUACCUGUGCAGCUGGCCGGACUGUGGCUGGAGGUUUUCUCGUUCUGAUGAGCUGUCCCGUCAUCGACGCUCUCACUCGGGAGUCAAGCCUUACGAGUGCACAAUGUGCGACAAAAAGUUCGCCAGGAGCGACCACCUAUCCAAACACACUAAAGUGCACCGGGGUCCCCGCGCCGGCAGACUGGUCAGAGCAAACGUCUGACUCCUCCCCCCCAGCCCCGGAAAAACCCACCGUGUGUGAUUCCUGGAGUCUGAGAGGGAACGCUACGAUAUCUAAAUGGGCUCACAAGCUGAAACCCUCCGCCUUCAUUUACGUCUGUGUCCUUCCUUCUCUCCCCCUCUUUUUUAAAAUCGUUUCUCCAGAUGUUUGUUUCCCUUGGUGCUACAGUCAGCUAACUUGAAUCUCAGGGAUGUGAUUGUUAAGCUCAAAUGCAGAUUUCUGGCUUUUCGGUGGGCUAAAGCAAAGGCGAGUUGCAUGCGGCAGAUUGCCUUCGAUUGCCUUUAACCUGGUUUGCAGGUAGUCUAAAUGGCAAUAUAAGCCGAGGAUAAUCCGUGUUUCUUGUAUAUUUUGUGAAUAUUGUGUUAUAGAUCUAAGCGGGUGAAGAUAUAAAUAAGGAAUCCAG